CCCUAUCUGUAUUCUGUAGUCUGUACUCUGUUCUAUUCAAGAUCACGUGCUCUCCUUACCGCCACGUGUCGUUGAACUCUUACAGGUUUACAGCUAUACCAAAACACAAGAUGAAUUCGUCCGGGGAUUGCGGAAUGUACCAGCCAGUAGACGAAAGCUUCUCGACGAAGGCGAUUCACCACGGUCAAGACCCAGACCAAUGGUCUUCUGGCAUUGUCAUUCCCCCCAUCCACAUGGGUACAACUUUCAAGCAGGACGCCCCUGCAAAGCACAGGGGAUUUGAAUAUGGGAGGAGUGGAAACCCAUCGAGAGCUGUCCUCGAAAAAUGCCUAGCGUCGAUAGAAAAUGCGAAGUACAGCUUAGCUUUUGCUUCUGGGUUGGCAGCAGUCAACGGCCUUUGUGCCCUUCUAAAACACAAUGAUCACAUCAUCGCCGGAGAUGACCUUUAUGGCGGGAUGAACAGGUAUCUCAGAAGAAUUGCUUCAAAUAUGGGUUUGGAAACAUCAUUCGUUGAUACGACUCAGCCCGACUUAGUUGAAAAAGCUAUCAGGCCAAAUACAAAGAUGCUCUGGGUAGAAAGUCCGACGAAUCCUUUGAUGAAGGUAAUGGAUGUACCAGCUCUGAGCUUAGUCGUUAAGAAAACGAAGCAGGAUAUUAUUUUUGUAGUUGACAACACUUUCCUGACACCUUAUUUUCAGAGGCCUUUAAGCAUGGGAGCUGAUAUAGUUAUGUACUCACUGACGAAAUAUAUGAACGGUCAUUCGGAUAUUAUAAUGGGCUCGGCUGCGACAAACAGCGAUGAGCUUAAUGAAAGGCUGCUUUUUAUCCAAAACUCAAUGGGAAUAAUCCCUUCGCCCUUUGAUUGCUACAUGGUCAAUAGGAGCUUGAAGACCCUCGCCGUCAGGAUGAAGGAACAUAUGAAAAAUGCCAUGGAGGUGGCGGAAUACCUUGAAAAGCACAAAUACGUCGAUAAAGUGAUAUUUCCUGGGCUCAAGUCGCACCCGCAACACGAGCUGACCAAGAAGCUCUGGUCAGGUGUGUCGGGAAUGAUGUCGUUUUAUAUAAAAGGAGGCUUGAACCAAAGCAACACAUUUCUUUCUUCUCUCAAAGUCUUUACUCUGGCUGAGUCAUUAGGAGGUUUUGAAUCUCUAGCUGAAUUACCGAGUGUCAUGACACAUGCUUCAGUACCAUUAGAACAAAGAAUCAAACUUGGCAUUACUGAUAAUCUGAUUCGAUUGUCUAUUGGUCUUGAAGCUGCCAGUGAUCUUAUUAAUGACCUUGAGCAAGCGUUAAAUGCUGCUGCUGCCAGUGGUUAAAAACAUACAAAUACACAUUAAUGUACUGUGUGUACAUUUUUGUGUGAUGUUUAUGCAAACAUUUAAUAAUAUUGUUAUUGGUUGUUUUAAUUAUUAAUUAAGUAGUUUUCAAUUUUAAUCUAUUUUUUCUGUCUAUUAUAAACAAUAUUUUAUACACAUUGUUAUUAUUGCAAUAUAAUAAAUUCAAAAGAAAAUUAUAAAUUAAAAACAGUUUUUAAUGCACUUUAAUUGUAAUAAUUUUCAAUCAAAUAUAAAAAGAAAAAACUGAUAUUUUCAUUAAUUAAUUUUUUUUAAUAUUGAAGGAUGUGAUAUUAUGACAUAUAUUUAAAAAGCAGCUUUAGUUUAUUGUUGGUUUAUGUUACUUAUGAUGAAAAUUGUUCAUUUUGCUACAUUUUUCAUUAUUCAUUUUAUUUUGAUGUUUUUUUUUCUCACCCCCCUUAAAUGAGGGUUCGCAACAGCGGAAGUCAUAUCGACCCUGCGGGUGCCGGGGUUUUUUGGAAAAAAAAUUUUUUUGUAAGACAAUAUUGCGACCAAGUUAUGUGAGGAAACCUCUAAGUUUUUAUAACAUACAAAACAGUUCUCUGUACAACCAUAGCAUUUUUAUAAACUUUAAUUAAUUUUUAUAAUAAAUAUUUCAAAAAAUACAUAAUUGACCAUAA